GACAGAUAUAAUCAAUGAAAUCUUUAUAACGUUGCUUCCAAGGGCUUUACAGCUAGUUUUCUUUGGGUACCUGCGCAUGGAGGGAAAUGAAGCGGUUGACAAGCUGGCGAAGCAAACACUAAAUAAUAUAGAAAUAGAAUCGCAAAUCCGAAUUAGUAAGGCAGAGGCUAAGAUUUACAACCCCGAUUCCAAAAAAGUUGGGACAAGGCCAUGUUUACCACUGUGAGACAUCCCCUUUUCUCUUUACAACAGUCUGUAAACGUCUGGGGACUGAGGAGACAAGUUGCUCAAGUUUAGGGAUAGGAAUGUUAACCCAUUCUUGUUUAAUGUAGGAUUCUAGUUGCUCAACUGUCUUAGGUCUUUUUUGUCGUAUCUUCCGUUUUAUGAUGCGCCAAAUGUUUUCUAUGGGUGAAAGAUCUGGACUGCAGGCUGGCCAGUUCAGUACCCGGACCCUUCUUCUACGCAGCCAUGAUGCUGUAAUUGAUGCAGUAUAUGGUUUGGCAUUGUCAUGUUGGAAAAUGCAAGGUCUUCCCUGAAAGAGACGUCGUCUGGAUGGGAGCAUAUGGGCAAGGUCAAGGGGAAGUGAACAUCGAUGGCAAAAAUUCAAAAUGGUCUUAGGCACUUUUGCUCAUUCUAGAUGUUUAGGUAUUGUUCUGAACCUUCUGGAAGAAGCUGAAUUUCUCUAAUUGGAUCACUACGAAAAAAAUGAGAGCUGUUUGAAUUGGGAAAUGCAGAUUAGCACAAUAUCAGUCUUAAAACAUCACAGACAUGCAGUAAGAUGAUAUCUUUAUUCACCCUGGGCACUCUACAACUUCACAAUCUUUGACCCUCCAUGGCUUCGUGGGCUUCUUCAGUUCAACUUAGAAUUUUUAUUCAUGUCUUCUCUACUUGCAUUGGUGGCUUCAUGUAAUAUCAGGUAUAUAAACAGUAUCAAAAUAAACUGCCUAAGUGAGGACUCCAAGAGGGAACGUUAAAGAUGGCUUUAACCAAAGCAGAAAAGCAGAGGUGGUACAGAGAACGUCAACGAGAAAGAGUCGGUGAAGAAGUGUUGAAACAGAAAGAUGCUGAAAGAAAACGUUUGGCCCGAGCAAAAGAUAAAGAUGCUGAUAAUGAAAAGGCAAGAGAUAGGAUGCGGAAGUGGCGGGCUGCCAAAAAAGCAGAAAACAACAAAGCUAAUGCAUACAGUACACCCUCAAGUCUCAAUCGUGCUGUCAAGCGUACGCUUAAUACCCUUCCACAAUCUCCACGCAAACGAAGGAAGGUUGUUACUAAACUGACCCAGCAAUUUGAAGCAGAGUAUUCUGCGGAACCAGAAGCUGCCGAACCAGAACAACUCCCACCACCACCACCGGCUAAUAAGAUUCCAGAUGAAAUACGAAAUCGCAUACAGGAAUUCUACCUUCGGUCAGACAUCAGUUGGACGGCCCCAGGCAAGAAGGACAGCAUAACGGUCGUUAGAGAUGGCAAAAAAGUCAAAGAACAGCGCCACUACCUCUUAAUGACAAUUCAGGAAGCAUUUGCUCUCUAUAAAGAAGAAAAUCCAAAUGACUGUCAAACUGACGAGUUUCAAAUCAUUUCGGCCAGAUGUGGUGCUGUUCAGAAGUGAUAUGCCGCACAAUGUUUGCGUGUGCCAAUAUCAUGAAAACAUGAAUCUUAUACUCCAAGGACUCGGUCGAAUAAAUACCAUUCCUGACAAUCACAAACUUUUCCUUCGUACAUUGUGCUGUGACACUGACAAUGAGAACUGUAUUUUUGGGAAGUGCGAAACUUGUCAGCGGAAGAUAAGCACCGACUCAUUAGCAGAACUGGUUGAUGAUGAUGAACUGUUGUCCGAGAAUGCCAAAUGGUUCAAGUGGAUUCGUACUGAUGAAGGGAAGAUGGCCAAAGUGGAAGAAACAGGAACCGUAAAUGAUGCAUUGCAGUUACUUGCCGAUAAGCUCCCCGCCUUCAAGAUUCACUGCUUCAUCAAAAGCAAGCAGGCUGCUGAGUUCGUGCUGGCCUAUUCGAACCCUCGCCCCAACCACGCCGUAAUGCAGAUUGACUUUAGUGAAAAUGCUGCGAUAAUCGAGCAGGAUGAGGUACAGAGUGCGCACUGGAGUCACAUCCAGGUGACAAUCUUCACUGCUGUCGCAUGGAUCAUGGAAGAUACCAAGUCGUACUGCAUUACAUCUGACACCCAGUCACACGAUAAAUACACUGCUGCCGUCUUCUUGAACACUUUGAUUGACAACCUGCGGGCGGCAAUGCCCGGUGAACUUACAGAUCUAGACAUUUUCUCUGAUGGUGCUGGUCAGCACUUCAAGCAGAAGUACAUGUUCUUGUUCAUCUCAAGUUUGCUGGAAUCGAAAGGCAUACGCAUCCAUUGGCACUUCUUUGGAACAUCGCACGGAAAAGGAGCCGUUGAUGGUAUUGGCGGAACUGUCAAAAGAACUGUUUUUAGUGGUGUGAAGAGUCGCCGUUAUCACAUCACCAAUGCAGAAGAAUACGCAUCUUGUGCCAAGGAGCUCCUGAAAUCGACAACUAUUCUUCAUGUAAGCAGUGCUGAAAUCAAUGACAUGAAGCCAGAGUUGGACAAACUGUGGGGUGCGGCGAUCACAGUUCCCGGUACACACAACGUGCACUGUGUUCGAACAAUAAGUCAUGGAGUCGUGUCCGUGUCAAAUUACUCCAGGCAGGUUGGGUCCACACAUUGUCUCCUGCCUCAAGCUGCGAUAGAUACCCAAGACACUACAUUCAAACCCGAGAACAACCCAUCAGAUGAGACUCCGAUCCCAGAUAAGACACCAAUCGCAGAUGAGACUCUGAUCAUCGAGUAUGUGCCAUCCCAGUCAGUUCCUGAUCCCAGCAGCGAGGAAGAAAAAGAAGCUGCUUCGUUUGUCGUCGCUGGCACAGGUAUGCUGUCUACUGGGAGAAAACUCAUUACUGGUUCAUUGGACAGGCCCUGCAUGAGCAUAAGAAGAACAAGUCAAAAUGGGUGUUCUCAUUCCUCGAGCAAGUUGACGAAGAAACAAACGGUUUCAAGACAACAAAUGACAUUGACUCUGCUAAACUUGAUCACGUUCUAGUAGAAAUUGAUGCUCCAGCUCCAUCCUCAUCCACAAGGACCAGUCUCUUAAAACUUACUGCCACUGACUUUAACUUGGUUAGGGAGAUGUUUGCCAACUUCCUAUAAAAUGAGAACUUUUGAUGAACUGUGAAUAUUAAUUUGAUACGAACUUGAAUGAACUUUUGGUCCCUGUGAAUGAUGAACUGUGAAUAUGAAUUAACUGUGAACCUGAAUGAACUUAAAAGAUAAAUGAAGCCCUUUUG